UGAUGAUAUAUUUCAGAUAAAAUGAGUCUGUGUAGCCUGGUAUACUGGGAGAACCCCAUCCUCUCAGGAGCUGUUUUCGGAUCCGUACUUGUAAGCCUGAUCUCCCUGUGCUACUACUCUCUGAUCUAUGUUGUAUCUAACCUGUGCUUGCUGCUGCUGCUGGGGGUGGGGGCUGUCAAGCUCUACACCAAGGGGAUGGUGAUGCUAGGCAAGGCAGAACAGGGAUCUGAUCCUCUCUCCGCUGUAUCCAACCUCCCUGUGAAUAUCCCCACUGAGAACCUUGAGGCUGUAUCCGCCGAUCUGGCCGCCAAGCUCAACGUUGGCGUUUCGGAGCUCCGCCGUCUCUUCCUCGUCGACAACAUGCUGGACACCCUCAAGUUCGGGUUGUCUUUGUGGUGCUUGACCUAUAUCGGAUCCUGGUUCAACGCUAUCACCCUGAUCAUACUUGCCUGGAUUGGAGUAUUCUCCAUCCCCAAGGCCUACCUCAUGAAUCAGGACAAGGUGGAUGAAGUCCUGAACAAGGUCAAAGUUCAGGUCGACGAGAUCAAGACCAAGAUCAUGGGCCUGAUCCCCGUCAAGGCUGCCGAAAAGACAGAAUAAUUAAUAAUUUAAAGAAAUAAACGCCAACACGACUAGCUGCCAAGCAAGCAAUUAAAAAGCUGUUAGCACGCGACCACCAGCCUGUCUUUCUACCCCUGCCCUAGUCUUCAGCUCAGAUCUAGCCAAACCAAACCAAGUUUGGUGGAUUUUCGGAACUCGUGGAAAAUCCGCCAUUUUGUUCAGCAAAUCAUUCCGACUUCCGGGGCAGCUGCGAAGAUUUAGUUUAUAUUUAAUUGGAGUUAUUCUCUACAUGUACAGAAUACAUGUACAGUGUAUACAAGCUGAGCAAUUUGAAUUUAACAGUGUACAAUAUGGUGUGCCAUUUCUUUAUUUUCUUCUUAUUAUUCUGUCUUAUUUAGUACUUGAUCCAUUUUUUCUUAUUAAGUUUUUUUUCUAUUUCAUAUUUUUACCUUUUCCCGCGUUAAAUCGCGUUUUUUAGAUUAAGGAUUAACAUGAGUAUUUUGCUCAGAUCUGAUUUACAAAUAUUCUGGCCAUAAAUAUAAUUAAAGAGAUAAUGAAUUACCUCCUAGGAAUAAUUAAAUAAAAUAGUUAAUAAUAUGUCUUAAUUAUAAGGUUUACAUCAUGUAAAUAAAACUUGUUGUUUUGUUCCCUUUCAUUAUACACACUUGAACACCGGCCUUUGGACCAAUAAAAUAUGAUUAACUU